AUGGCUGCGCGACUCAACCCCGUAGUACACGUAUACGAAACUGACGGCGGCAGAGGCCCCGCCAGAUGCGGAGCCCGAGCGGGGCAACUGGACGGGCCGGUUCGACUUCCUACUGUCACUGCUAGGCUACAGCGUCGGGCUCGGCAACGUGUGGCGCUUCCCCUACCUCUGCUACAACAACGGGGAGGUGCAUUCCUAAUCCCGUUUACAGUGAUGCUUAUCAUAGCGGGUCUCCCGCUUAUGUUCAUGGAACUGUCCUUUGGGCAGUAUGCCGCCCUGGGCCCUGUAGCCGUCUAUAACAGGUUCUGCCCACUUUUUCGUGGCCUUGGCUAUGGCAUGGUCAUCGUCUCGAGCAUAGUAAUGCUGUACUACAAUCUCAUCAUCGCCUGGACUAUAUACUACAUGUUUGUCUCGUUCAAGAGCAUUUUCUAUCACCUGCCGUGGCAAAAUUGUGAUGCGGAGUGGAGUACCGAACAUUGCUAUUCGUAUGAGGAAGCCGACCUGUGUGAAACACAGAAUGGAACGUAUUAUCUCAGAGAAUGUUACAACCAGACAUACUCCGCCGCCCAUAAUAUCAGUGCAUUAGCAGACGUGGCCCUGCGGCGACCCCCAGCAGAGGAGUACUUUACUAAUAAGGUGCUCGGGCUCUCAUCGGGGAUAGAAGAGACAGGCCAUAUAAGAUUGGACAUGGCUGCUUGCUUAUUAGCUGCUUGGGUCAUUGUUUUCCUUUGCUUAUGUAAAGGCGUGCAAUCAUCUGGAAAGGUGGUAUAUUUCACUGCGUUGUUUCCGUACGUUGUGCUGGUGAUUCUGUUCUUCCGUGGAGUGACGUUGCCAGGCGCUUGGCACGGCAUUAAAUUCUAUCUCACCCCGGAUUUCACCCGACUAGCUAACGCUCAAGUGUGGGGUGACGCUGCAGUGCAAAUAUUCUUCGCCCUUAGCCCGGCAUGGGGUGGUCUCAUUACUUUAUCGUCUUAUAAUAAAUUCUCAAACAACUGCUACACUGACUCGUUGAUAGUCGCGGCCUCCAACAUAGGAACAUCAUUUUUCGCCGGACUAGUAAUUUUCUCCGUGAUCGGAUUUCUUGCGCACGAGCUGGAAGUAGAAGUGGACAAAGUCGUUGACCAGGGAGCUGGCCUGGCAUUCAUUGUGUACCCUGAAGUAGUGACAAGGUUGCCAGUCUCGCCACUUUGGUCUAUCCUCUUCUUUGUGAUGUUGCUGACUCUUGGACUCGAUUCUCAGUUUGCGCUUAUGGAGACCGUAACGACCGCCAUCUUGGAUAGAUUUCCUAACUUAAGACAAAAGAAAAUCUGGGUUGUACUGACAGUUGCUGUGGGCGGCUAUUUGGGAGGACUAAUCUUCACUACUAACAGUGGGAUGUACUGGCUGCAGCUGAUGGACAAGUACGCGGCCAACUGGUCAGUGCUGAUUAUCGCCAUCGGCGAGUGCAUCCUGAUCGCAUGGAUCUACGGCGCCGAGAAGUUCUGCCGAGACAUCCAGCGCAUGAUCGGGAAACAGUCUCGGCUGUGGGUCAUCUUCUGGAGCUCCAUGUGGCGGUGUAUCACGCCGGCUGCUUUGGUGUUCAUCCUCGUGUUCAACUGGAUCGAAUACAAGCCCGCGUCGUACGGCCACUACGUGUACCCGAUGUGGGCGGACGCCAUCGGUUGGACGCUGGGCGUGCUGCCAGUGGUUGUCUUCGUCAUCAUGGCUAUCGACAAGAUUUGCAGUGGCCCUGACGACCUCACUAUUAUGGAGAAAGCUCGCGUACUCGCCCGUCCGACCGACGAAUGGGGUCCGCCAGUCAGUGCAGGGGCAUGCACUAUCGCGCGACGCUCCGAGCCUGAACUGUCGCCGCCGGUGCUGCUGUUGCACGGCCGGCCCGUGCUGCGCGACCGCGGCGCUUGACCCCUGCACGCACACCCUCUGAUCGCCAUGCGCAAGGCGUCCCAGGACGGCGGCGAUAACACAUCAAUAACUAGUGGCAUUGAAAAUGAGAUCAAAAAAUGUGGUCAAGGUAUUUUAAAAUCCAC